GUCGCAAGACGUGUAGAAUAUCAACAAACGCUGACAAAACGUCAGAUAGAGUGCAUAAGUUUACUAGAUUCGGAGAUUUGUUUAUAAUUAACCAAGCAUGGCUAGAAUUAGAUUUUUAUGUACAAAAGAAGUUGUAUCGUCUGCCGCAACACUCAAUAGCAACCCUAGUCCUUCAGCUAUUGAACUAUGCGAAUUUGGAUGCGAAGUUGAAUAUAUUCAGAUAUUUGACUUUUACUUCACAAUACUGUAACGUUUUCUUCAAUAUAUACAAUAAAUGUAAAUUAUGCAGUUGGUAUAGGAUACGGUAUGAUAAAAUCGGAAUAAAAAUCAAAAUAAAAAAAAAGAAUUUCCUGAUUGCAGUGGAGAAAGAUGAUUAUUCUCACUGGUGCAUUGUUGAUUGUUUUAACAACGAGUUUGUUCCUGCUUUGGUAUAGAAGAGACAGUCGAUUGCCACCAGGUCCCAGAGGUAUACCGAUACUUGGUAUACUUCCUUUUUUGGGCUCUAAUCCAACGAAGAAGUUGACGGAAUGGACUAAUGAAUACCACGGGGCAUGCACCAUGCGAAUUGGAAGAACGGACACUGUAGUACUCGCAAAUUACGGGAGUAUUUAUGACGUGUUAAUACGCCAAGCUGCCAAAAUGGGUGCUCGAGCAGAUCUUACCGUUCCCGAUGCAGCCAACAAAGGAAUUGGUAUCGUCUUUGCCACUCCAAAAAUUUCGGAAAUUCAUAGACCUUUUACACUACAAACUUUUAGAAGGAACCAAGUUCAGACGCAAAUGGUGUUCAUAAUUUUUAUAGCAGUACAUACAUUUGUAGGGACAAUCAUAUUACGAUUGGGAGUGGGUAAAAAUACCAUGGAAGCCAGAAUACAACAAGAAGCAUCAUAUUUGGUUAAAGCUAUACAAGAUAAGGAGGAAAAUCCGUUCGAUCCCAGUCGAUUAUUUUUGUACGCUGCAUUCAACAUAUCAUGUUUAAUUACGAUGGGAGAGAGAUAUUCAUACGAUGAUAAAAUACUGGAACAUAUGGGAUCUAAACUAGUAGAUGGACUGCGAGAAAAUGGAAUAUAUGUUUUACUAAUUGGCUCAUCAAAGUAUCUACCACAUUUUGCUCCAUUCAAAGCUGUAAUGAAAAGAUAUUUAGAUGACUUCAAUAACGUUGUUGCAUUCCAAGAUUUCUUCAAAACGAAAGUAAAAGAACACGAAACCACUUACGACGAAAACGAAAUGCGAGAUUAUAUCGACAUGUUUUUGGAAGAAAUGAAAAAGCAAAAUCCUGAUCCAACGUUUCAUAAAGAUCAAUUGUUGAUUGCUUUGCACAAUAUUAUGGAAGCAGGAUCUCAAACUCUGUCAUGUACCCUCUCCUGGUGCAUGAUUGCCUUACUAAAGUAUCCGAAAUAUUACCAUAUACUUAGAAAUGAAAUCGAUUUCGUAGUUGGUUGUGACAGGAAAGUUUCCUUAGCUGAUCGUAAGAAUAUGCCGCGAACGUUGGCAUUUUAUCACGAACUGAUGCGUCGAUGCACUCUUGUCAAAACCUGCCUUAGGCAAACCGUUGAAGACGGAGUAGUUGUCAAUGGAUACAAAUUACCAAAAGAUACACAGAUUCGAGUACUUCCGUCGGCAGUUCAUAACGAUCCCAAGUGCUUCCCUGACCCAGAAAAAUUUUGUCCGGAAAGAUUUAUCGAUCCAGAGGAUGGAAGUUUCCAGAAAUCAAAAUAUUGGAUGCCAUUUUCCAUUGGUAAACGCGAUUGCAUUGGCGAACAACUGGCACAAAUGGAGCUGUUCAUCCUGUUAGUAACAGUUAUUCAAAAUUUUGACAUCUCUGUGCGUGAUGACACAAAGAUACCGUCCUUGGAUGAUGGCAUAGAGGGCGUUGUUUUUACUCCUCCGCCACUGGACCUAGUGUUUGUUCGCAGAGAAUGAGCUCUGACCGAUAUUUGUUUGCCUGCAUAAUUAAUUGUGAAAUGUAAAUGAAAAAUCUUUGGUUGGAGUCGAAUUUAAAUUCAAUAUUGAUGCAGCAAUAUUUCAUAAUAAGAUCUUGGAGGGGAAGGUAUGGGGGGGGACAGAUAAAAUGAGUGUUUGCGCGAAUUGAAUCGAGCAAUCUCUGCCAAUAUAAAAAUAAUAUUAGCUUUAGUCCAUUCCAUACCCCUUUUUCUUGAAUUGUAAUCAUCGUUCUUGAUCAUUUAUUUUUAUUGCGAUGUUAAUAAAAAUAAACCGCUUUAAACAGCAAGUAUUUGUGUAUAUCACUCCAUGUUAAUUACAGCUUUGUAACGCAGUUUCUCAAUUCGUCGUUGGAGUAGUUCUCCCUCUUAUAAGUAAAAUUUAAAUGUCGGUAUGACGCUUCAUUUUCUUGUAUACGUAUUGAAAUAUAUGGUCUGACUGACUAACAAGACUAUCACAA